AUGGGAGCUAAAGGAAGCAAGCUAAGUAGUGGUACUGGUGGCAGUGCUCACAAGCGCAUAGAAGGGACUCUAUUGGCUCCUAAAGGAUUUGUUCCAAUCUUUGUUGGCACAAAUGAGGAUACUUGCACACAAUUUUUUGUUCACAUCAAAGCACUUCGUGAUGCAUUUUUCUGUGAGCUUCUAGGUAGGACUGCAGAAGAAUACGGGUUCAUGAACGAAGGGGUUCUCAGGAUCCCAUUUGAAGCACAUGCUUUUGAAGAGUGGUUCAUCACAAACUCCAACAAAAAACUUAAAAUGAAGAUUAGGAGGUUUUGA